UAUCCCAUUACUAGCCUAUCUACCCCAGUGGAGGCGUUUAGAUGUAUUGUUUCUUUUGAUCCAAAGGUUCCUUUUCUUCCUGUUCGUGUCAUUUUUGACUUUCUUCAUUGGUUCUGUGCGGAUUGCAAUCAAUUGGAUAUCAACAUACACCAUACACUACACGUCCCUCGAUUGGCACACAACAUAGAAUGUCCUUACGUACCGAUAUCUCGGCGGACACGCCCCGCGUUGCAGGAGAUGGCCCGCAAUACAAGGAUGGGCUGGACGCCGACGUCUUGAUCAUUGGGUCUGGCUUUGCGGGUGUCUACCUGCUUCACCGUCUCCGUGACGAGCUCGGAUUCGACGUCAAGAUCUACGAAGCUGGAAAAGACUUGGGAGGCAUCUGGCAUUGGAACUGUUACCCCGGCGCCCGCGUCGAUACUCCGGUCCCGAUUUAUGAGCUAUCCUUCCCAACCCUUUGGAAGGAUUGGAAUUGGUCCGAAAAGUACCCGGGUUGGAAAGAACUUCGGGAAUACUUCGACUACAUCGACAAGAAGCUCGACAUUCGCAAAGACGUUGCUUUCGAGAGCAGAGUGGUCGAUGCGCAGUACAGUAAUGAGACGCAGAAAUGGACCGUCAAGACUCAAGAUGGUCGCACCGCUACUUGCCGCUACUUGAUCGCCGCACUUGGCUUCGCGGCGAAGAGACAUUUCCCCGACUGGCCGGGCCUUGAGAAGUUCAAGGGAAAGCUUGCACAUUCAUCUUUUUGGCCUGAGGAUGGUAUCGACGUCAAGGGGAAGCGUGUUGCUGUGAUUGGCACCGGUGCAACCGGCAUCCAGCUUUCUCAGGAAGUCGGACAAGAAGCGGCUCAUAUGACUCUCUUCCAGAGAACGCCGAACAUGUGCCUGCCUAUGCGUCAACGCAAGCUGACCAAGGAAGAGCAAGCCAAAAGUAAAGAGGAAUACCCUCAAAUCUUCAAGGACCGUAUGCAGACCUUUGCUGGCUUUGCGUUCGACUUCGUAGACAAGGAGACCUUCGAUGAUAGUCCCGAGGAGCGGAGGAGGUUCUACGAAGACCUCUGGGACAAGGGUGGCUUCCAUUUUUGGCUAGCAACGUACAAGGACAUGCUCUUUCAGAAAGACGCUAAUCGCGAGGCGUUCAACUUCUGGCUGGAAAAGACACGGGAAAGAAUCAAAGAUCCAAGAAAAGCGGACAUCUUGGCACCAAAAGUACCUCCUCAUUAUUGGGGAACCAAGCGCCCAAGUCUUGAACAAUGUUUCUACGAAGUUUUGGACCGCCCCGAGCACGAUGUGAUAGACAUCAACGAGAACCCGGUCAAGGAGGUUACGGAAAAGGGAAUUAUCACCGAGGACGGCAAGCUCCACGAGUUCGAUGUCAUUGCCCUUGCGACCGGAUACGACUCAGUGACAGGCGGCAUGAUGAACAUGGGCCUGAAGGACGCCAACGGCCGCGAACUCCGCGACAAGUGGAAGGAAGGGACUUACACCUAUCUCGGCAUGACCUGUGCUGGGUAUCCCAACUUCUUCUUCUUGUAUGGUGCCCAAGGGCCUACCGCCUUUUCCAACGGGCCUUCAUGCGUGGAGCUGCAAGGAGAGUGGAUUGUUGAUGCUCUCGUCAAAGCGAGGAACGAGGGCAUCACUUACCUCAAUCCCAAGCCAGAGGGCGAAGAAUAUUGGCGAGAAAAGAUCAGGACGAUCAACGAAAAAUCCCUCUUCGUGCAUACUAAGUCGUGGUACAUGGGAGCGAAUAUUCCCGGUAAGCCCAUUGAGCAGCUGAACUGGCCCGGAGGAUUUCCACUGUAUCAUGAAGAGACGUACAAGGUUCUCGAUGGCUGGCAAGGGUUCGAGACACAGGCCCCUGCGUAGAUUAAUUUGAAGGAGGGGAGCAUAUGUACACAAGGUAGGCAAUAGUGAAUGUAUAUCACGUGACCAUGCCGAACUUGGCACCCAAGACUUGCGUCACCGUGACAAAAGUCGAAGUCAUCACGAUGUGCUUCUUCAUCGAGGAAUCGAGAUCACU